UUCAUCGGACGGGGCAGAACGCAUUAAAUAUUGGAGUUAAAAACACAAUGGCCUUAGCCCUAGCAGAACCUCGCCGCACUGUGAAACAGCAGCCGCGAAUUUCGUUGUUUUUGUGCCUUAAUUUUAUUGUGGUGCUGCUUCGCUCUCUGAAAAAAUGGUCAACGUUCCUAAAACGAAGAAAACUUACUGCAAGAACAAGGAAUGCAAAAAGCAUACCUUGCAUAAGGUCACCCAGUACAAAAAAGGGAAGGAUAGCCUUGCUGUCCAAGGCAAGAGACGAUACGACCGCAAGCAGUCAGGUUAUGGUGGUCAGACAAAACCCGUUUUCCAUAAAAAGGCAAAAACAACUAAGAAGAUUGUGUUGAGGCUGCAGUGUCAAUCAUGCAAGCAUGUCUCUCAACAUCCCAUCAAGCGAUGCAAGCAUUUUGAAAUCGGUGGGGACAAGAAAGGAAAGGGCACGUCUCUCUUCUAAGGUGGGGUAUGCUGUUAUCUCAAGAUGUUUUUCUAUGUUCACAUGAGCAUUUGUUUUCUCUAUCGGAUCAACGGAUUGUCAAAACGGUUUUAGUUAUACAUGAGACAUCUCAGACUCUUCUUUUGUUUGUUGUCCCACUCAAUUUUUUUUCUGGGAAAUUUCAACUUCUUAAAAGUUCAAUAGCUAUAUGAAUACAGAAGAGUGUGAUGGGUACUCAGCCUGGUUCUGAGCCGAAGGGAAUCUGUGAUUGCUUUUUGGAGCGACUUACUAUGAUUUGGAAUGGAGUAUUACUAAAUAUGAAACCAGUGGGGUCAACAGGCUGGGACAGCCCUAGAGGCCUGGCCACAUGCCGCAGGCCCUUUUGGCAGAUGGAUGGCGUUGGUCCGGCCUUCCUAUGAUUUGGAAUGGCUUUCCAAAUAUGAAAACUGGGGAAGCAAGGCAUACACCUCUAGUGACUGUGUUACACCACCAUUAUUCCAUAGUCCAUUCAUGGUGAUGGUUGGUAUAUAUGAUCUGCAGUUUUUGAUGAUGACCGUUCACCUAAAUUUUGUAAAUCACCACUAAUUGUCAUUAAGAAUGGAUGGUGGAUGUACCGUGUACCAUUAGCUGGUAUAUGCUCUACUUUUGCGAAAACUAAAUGAAAUUGCAUGGGGACGUUAGUAAA